AUGGACACGCUAGGAUACAACAACCAAUGCAAAGUCCGGCAGUGUUCUCAAUGUCAGGGGGACACGGAAUUCUACUGUUACAUGUGUCAACUUGACCUGUGUCUACAGUGUAAAGAGAGACAUGUCACAAAGUCAGAAACUAAAUACCAUAAAAUUGUGUUUUAUAUCACGCGCCACCGUAGCAAGAAUCUUACUGUACAGUGUAAAGUCUGGCAGUGUUUUCAGUGUCAGGGGGACACAGAAUUCUACUGUAACACGUGUAAACAUGACCUGUGUCUACAGUGUAAAGAGAGACAUGUUAUUGAUCUGGAUACCAUGUACCAUGACGUUGUGAUUUACCGUGACAAAUAUUACCACAUUACAAAACAAGAAACUUGUGAAAGACAUCCAGACAUGUUUUAUCAAAAGUACUGUCAUUCCUGUAAACUUCCUAUCUGUUUCCAAUGUACAGAACAUAGAUAUCACCAAAUACUGGACAUUAGAACAGCAUACAUAACAAACCGACAAAAACACAGAUCAAUCAUUCAAAGCAUCAGAAGUGAGACUCUCUAUAACAGCAGCUAUGUUCUGGCAGGAAUCAGAUCUAAUUCAAAAACUUGUCACGCAGAAAUCUCCAUAGUUCAGCCAAAGAAGUUAAUAAAAGCCCAGAAACUAAGGAACCUCAUAGACACUGUCAUGCAUGACGCUAAAAUCAAACACAAAAGAUUUAUUCAAAGUUUACAACAACAGAGGAGAAAAAUGAACAGACAUUUUGCCAACAUAGAAACAUUUGAACACAGAUAUGACAAGUUGGCAAACAAACCGCUAAAAUUCCUCAAAUUCUUAAAGAAAAUCCCUGUACAGAGGUUAAAGGACACACCUAGUCUCACACAAUACGCCCUGGUCUGCUUGAAUGAAUAUAUAAACACGGAGGAUGUGACUGAUUUACUGGGUGAAAUCCAAAUUAUAGAGACAGGAAAAAGACAAGUAAGAAAUGAAUGUCUGCUGAAACCGAUGUCUACACCAAUAUUGACCAAAUCUGUCACGGUGUCAGGUGAAAUAUAUCAUAUUUCCGGUUUGAAACCAGACGAGGUCUGGAUCAGUGAUGGUAAAAAUCUUAUAUUGAUAAACUCAGAGGGUGACAAACUACUUCAUCUGACGGAUGUAAUUACUGUGUGGGGAAAACACACUGUAAACCUUACCGGAGAUCUUAUUUACAUAGACAGGGAUGGUAACAUUAUCAAACUCUCUAAAGAUAACAGAACAAAGUUUACAUUGAUAGAGAAAACAGAACCAUUGAUAUCACGGUGUAUCUACUCCUCCCGCCUCAACGGCGAUUUGCUGGUCGGAAUGCGGUCCUACAACACAGGCAUCAUAACACGCUUUAAUGACAAAGGACAACACAAACAGACUAUACGGCACGACAACACAGGUCUGGGACUGUAUUCUUAUCCUAUCUUCCUCACAGAGAACCGCAAUGGAGAUGUUAUUGUGUCUUACUAUCUCCGUCAUGCUGUAGUGGUGACAGACAGUACUGGAAGAAGACACCGCUUCACCUACAAAGGACAUCCAUCAGGAUCAGAACUAUGGCCUUGCAGAAUCUGUACUGACACUCUGUUACACAUCAUGGUGUGUGAUUUUGCCACCAGCACAAUACAUAUGAUUGACAGGGACGGGCACUUCCUGUCACUGAUACUGACACGACAACAAGGGAUAAAUGGACCAAUGGGCCUGAGUUAUGACGACAGAACUCAUCUUCUCUGGGUUGGAUUAGCCUACGGGGAAAAGAAAGUGUGUGUAUACAGAUACCUAGAGAGGCAGGGCUAUCUACAGUAUAUAGCAAAUCAUAGUUAA